AUGGCUGACUCAUCUUCAACUGUUAAUGAUUCAUCUGUUCCUAAUAAUUCAAGUCCCUUUUUCAUUGCUUCUUCAGAUACUCCCAAUUCAAUCCUUGUUUCCACAGUCUUUAAUGGUGUUGGCUUCAAUUCGUGGAAGAGAUCUAUGAUUUUAUCUCUUUCUGCUAAAAACAAAUUAGGUUUUGUUGAUGGAUCAAUCGCUAAACCAGAUUUCAAUUCUUCUUCAUUUUCUCUCUGGUUUCGUGCAAAUUCGAUGGUCAUCAGUUGGAUCUUAAAUUCUCUUUCCAAAACCAUCGCUGAUAGUGUUCUUUUCUUUGAAUCUGCUUCUGAAAUUUGGAACGAAUUGAUUCAACGCUAUGAACAAUCCAGUGGAGGUCAGUUGUACCAAAUCCAACAACAACUCUACUCAUUAUCCCAAGGAUCUGACGAUUUCUCUACCUAUUUCACUAAAAUCACAAAGAUCUGGGAUGAAUUAAGGAUUCUACAAGAUCUUCCUUCUUGUUUGUGUGGUACUGCUGCUCGAAUUCAGAAAUUUCUUGACGACCAGCGUUUGAUACAACUUCUGAUGGGAUUAAAUGAUACAUAUAAAGUUGUGAGGGGUCAAUUGCUCAUGAUGAAACCAUUACCAUCUGUAGCUACUGCAUAUUCCAUCCUUCUUCAAGAAGAACAACAGAGAGGUAUUACUAAUUCUCCUUCUAUCCAUUCGGAUGCGAUUGCUAUGCAAGCUUCAUAUGAUAAUUCUUCCAAAAAGACUCUCACAUGUAAUCAUUGCAAGAAAUCGGGACAUACCAAAGCACAAUGUUACAGGUUAAAUGGUUUUCCGCCUAAUUUCAAAAUCACAAAAGGGAAAAGAGAUGAUAUCAAGUCUACUGCACAAAAUGUCACCACUCAAUCUACCUCUCCCAUUACUGUUGAUCAGUACAAUCAAUUGCUUCAAUUACUCACUAUUCACAAUUUCAGUCCAUCUUCUUCAUCAACUCAAGCCAACACUUCGAUUAUUGAAGGGGCUAUGAACAGUGAAGGUAUUUUUUCUUUUGAACAUUUUGUUUCUAAUGUUCAAAAAUCCUCACAUUUAUUACAUGAAUAUUUUUCAUGGAUAAUCGAUUCUGGUGCUACUGAUCACAUGUGCUCCAAUAAAUCUUUGUUUCUUACUCUUCGAAAGCUUCAUCACCCUCAUUUCAUUGGUCUUCCUAAUGGUCAUAAAACCUCUAUUGAUUCUUAUGGUGAUAUACAAAUACAUGAUUCAAUUUUGCUUCGAAAUGUAUUGUAUGUACCAUGUUUCAAAUACAACCUUGUUUCUGUUCCCAAAUUAGCUUCUCAACUACAAACAUUUGUUCUAUUUACUGAUCAAUCUUGCUUCAUGCAGGACCCUUUAUUGAAGAGUAAGCUUGUACUUGAUCAGAAAUCAACUCCAAAUACCCCUCAACAAAAUGGCAUAGUUGAGAGGAAACACAAACACAUAUUGGAGACAGCAAGAGCUUUGUUUUUUCAAUUUGGAUUGGGUGUUGCUUAUUGGUCUAGUUGUGUUCAAACAGCUGUUCAUUUAAUAAAUCGCAUGCCUAGCAAAGUUAUCAAGUUUAAAUCACCAUUCGAAGCUCUUUAUAAUGUCAAACCUGAUAUUUCACAGCUCAAAGCGUUUGGUUGUUUGUGUUUUGCAAGCACAACUCAUGUUGGAAGGGACAAAUUCAUGCCCAGGUCUCAAGCAUGUGAUUUUGUUGGAUACCCACUUGGUCAAAAAGCGUAUAAAGUGUUAAACAUCUCUACAAAAUAG